CUUUCUUCCAGAGCCCCCGCCCCACCGGGACUGCAGGCCCGCCAGGGGACUGGAUCACCGACUCUUGACGCGGGCAGGGGGCGCUGAGGGGUGUGGGCGUCCCGAGCGCAGGCUGAUUCCCCUCUGCCCCGGGAGCCAUGUGCUCCGAUUCGGUCUGGGCCGCGGGGGAGGCUGCACGCUUUGUGUGAACUGCUGGGAAUGCAGCGCUAGUGCGCGGCCCGGGGGAGUGUCCGACUGAGCUGGGGGAGUUGUCAGAAAGUUGGUGCGGGAGUGUUUGUAGGUCCGCGUCGUGGAGCGUGUAGGAGGGCACACCGGGUGUUGUGUCAAGAGGGUGCAGCCCCAGACCAGUUAGGUUAAGAAUUGAUCGCUGUUGUGAUGACGUCUGGAGUUUUCCCAGCCUAAGAGAUUAUGGGUGGGCAGAUAUCUAGGAAAAGGGCUGAUUGCGUGGGUACCAAUUGUUCGCGCUAGAUGUGGGGUUUGUAGACAGUGUGUGUGUGUGUGCUGUAUUUGUGAAAAUCAUUGGCGUUCCAGGGGUUGAGCGUUGGUGCCUGUUUCAAAAGUGCUGUAGAGUUGCCUGGUGUGAGGGUUUGAGUGUAAGAUGUGUAUGUGGGAAACCUCAACUGUAUGCGGACUGGCGAACAGGACACUAUGGUGGAGAGGUCUGUGUAGACUGAAGGGUCAUCCCCACGGGUCACCCCUGGAACCCUGCAGACUGGGAUGUGGCUGGCAGCCAGGGUGGAAUUUGUACAGAUAACCUUGAGUAAACGUCUCACAGCCUGCAAAGGGCUGCAUCCCAGAGCCCAGAUCCUAACUGCCCUGGCCAGCUAAACCUCAGAAACUUGACCUCAGAAAGCAGCCUGCAGUCGGUGCUCUCUGAGGAGUGGCUCUUCCAGCCGAUGCCUGUCUUGCUUCCAGGUGGCCUGGCUGGGAGGGCAGACCCUUCCCUCGAAAGCCUGGCCUAGUCAGCCCAGAUAUCUGGGCUCAGACCCAAGUUGAGGAAACAAAACCUGGAAGAUGCCAUAGUCUUGGCCCAGCCUGCUGUGGAGCUGUUAAAAGGCUGGGGAGGGAGGAGCCUUGAGAUUCUGGCAUCAGCUUGGGUUGGAUUUAAAAUGGAUUUAAAAUGGAUUUAAAUUUUGGUUUUAAAAUGUAAAUUUCUUUCGGGCGUGUGAACCAAGAGUUUGUCACGGAUGGGCAACUGAGUUGGGGUUUCUAGGGAAAUGCCUUCCUUCAUUUGACAGGUGAAGAGGAGGCUCAAGCCCAGAGAGGAAGAACACUUGCUCAAGGUCAUAUGACCAAGUUGGAGAGCCCAGGCUUGCCCAAGGUCCAGCCUAGCCUCUAGACACCAUGUCAGACAGUGAUCUGGGUGAGGAUGAAGGCCUCCUCUCUCUGGCAGGCAAGAGGAAGCGCAGAGGGAACCUGCCCAAGGAAUCGGUGAGGAUCCUCCGGGACUGGCUGUACCUGCACCGCUACAACGCCUACCCCUCAGAGCAGGAGAAGCUGAGCCUUUCUGGACAGACCAACCUGUCAGUGCUACAGAUAUGUAACUGGUUCAUCAAUGCCAGGCGGCGGCUUCUCCCAGACAUGCUUCGGAAGGACGGCAAAGACCCUAACCAGUUCACCAUUUCCCGCCGCGGUGGGAAGGCCUCAGAUAUGGCCCUUCCUCGUGGUAGCAGCCCCUCAGUGCUGGCCGUGUCUGUACCAACCCCCACCAAUGUGCUCUCCUUGUCCGUGUGCCCCAUGCCACUCCACUCAGGCCAAGGAGAAAAGCCAGCAGCCCCACAAGGGGAGCUGGAGCCCCCUAAGCCCCUGGUGACCCCUAGUAGCACGCUCACCUUGCUGACCAGGGCUGAAGCCGGAAGCCCAACAGGUGGACUCUUCAACACGCCACCACCCACACCCCCAGAGCAGGACAAGGAGGACUUCAGCAGCUUCCAGCUGCUGGUGGAGGUGGCACUACAGAGGGCUGCUGAGAUGGAGCUUCAGAAGCAACAGGACCCGUCGCCACCGUUACUGCACACUCCCAUCUCCUUAGUCUCCGAAAACCCCCAGUAGGCAUCUGCCGACAGGGGUGCUCAAGGCUUGAGCUGGCUGUCCUGGGUUUCCAUUUUGGUUCCCCCUCACACAGAGGGUUUUCUUUGGAUCACUGCCAAACAUUGGGAUCAUCUCUUCUGUCCAGAGGUCUUCACAGGAAGCUGCCGGCCAGUGUCGGCACACUGGGGUAGGGGCCUUUCCUCUGCCGACUGUGCCGUUUCUCCAGGCCUCCUUAGUGGUGAGACCAAGAGACUGGAGAUGGGCAUGGCGCUGCUGCUUCUCCAGAGAGCUCCCAGGACACCGUGUUCCAGCCUGCUCUCCUGGGCUGGGCACAGGAAAACUGCCAAGUUCAAGCCUAUCCUGGGUCCAAGCUGCCCCUGAGCCGGGCCUCUUUGGUGAGCCAAGUGUGGACAUUCCAAGUUCCUAAGUGUGAACAAAAGAAAAGAAGAACCAGCAGAUGUAACAGAACCGACUCCAGUUGAAUGUUUAGGUUUUCACUAAACUUUGUGUUUAUUUUUCCCUUUUUGCUGUGGUUUGCAUUAAUGGGAGUAGUUAGUCCAGGUGUGGGAGGGCGAGAGGGCAUUGCGUGAUAGGAGUCUGAUGAACUGGGAAUGACCCAGCACUGCAACUGGUGAUUGUUUUACAAGGAGUAUUUUUACUUGGGGGACCAGCUCAAUCUCUGCAAAAUUCCAGAUGGUUGUUUAUUGUUGGUUUGGUUGACCCAAAAAAAAGCAGAGAAAAGUUUUAUGGGCUUUGGCUUUCUGCCUCAGGCACAGAAGGAGAUAAAGCCACAGCCAGAGAGAGGGUCCAAUAGAGAAUCUGACCAAACCUUCUGGGCGCAGCACAGGGAAGGAUGAUAAAACCGGAGGUGUUUUGUUUUUUUAUUUUUAUUUUUACUGUAUGGGGGGGUGGGGGAAGUAAGCUAGACAGGCAGUGGGGUUUUUUUUUUCCUCUUUAAUGUUUUCUCCUUCUUUAUCCUUGAAAGCUUUGUCCUGCAGCCUGAGUUUUGAAUUUCUUUCGGAACUUGGAUUAGUUGAGCCAGAAUAUCAAAAGCUCCCAGUCGCUCCCGCUUGGAGAGAAGUGAGCCAUCUACUGGUCAGGAAGCCCUUUUAGCUGACUCACAUGGGCAGCUUUUCCCACGACGGUGGCAGGAAGCUAUUCCUGGAGGAAGCAGAGAAUGGUGCCCCAGCUGCCUGAGGGACUGCCUUCAGAGGAGGCUGGGGCUGGCAAUCAGUUAAGCCUGUUUUGCUAUGUCUUUGUGUUGCACCUUUCUUUAAAUUGGAGUUGCCGAGGCCUCUGCUCUGAACUUCACAGUGAAACAGAUCAAGGUCUUAUUGUCCCUCCGCCUCCCUGUUUUUUAUUUUGCUGUUUCAGUGCUGACAGCAACACCCCAUCUUCAUACUCUAAGAAACACUAAUCCUAGGUUAUUGUUAGCUGAAAUAUUUUUUAUUCUGAAUAACAUUGUUACUGGGCCAAAAGACAGGUCAGAAGCCAGCUUUUAGUUUCCUGAAGCUGUAAGGUUGGGCACAAGGAGAGAGUGUGCCUAGGUUUAUCUGACUUGGGUGGGCCUGGCCAGGAAAAAGGCAGCGUCAUGUGCUCUGUCCUUUCUGGGGUGACCCCUGAAGCCUUUAGGGAGUGUCCUGACCACCCAUUGCUGAGGGAGUGGGCAUUGGUUCUUUAAGGAGAGCUUUGCUCUCCACGAGUGAGUGAAUUUCCUAGGUGCUGUGUUUUGCUCCCCCCUCCACCCUCCUCGCAUGCCCCGGGGGAUCAGGGAACCUCACUCUCCUGAGGCCCAGCUAGGGAACCAGGUGAACAAGCAGCUUCAAGAUUCGCUGCAGCUGCAGUUUGCCCAGCCUCUUCCACCCCACCUGUGUCUGAGUCCUGCUCUUGUGUGACUGUUACCGGACCCUUGUAGCAGGGGACUCUGGAUGUACAUAGGCUAGGGUGGGGUUUUUCCUUCCUACAGUGCACUGAGCAAUGGAGACUGAGGGGUAAGGAGCCAUGCUGCUGAAUUCUGGUUGGCAUUCCCCUCCUGUGCAAGAUGGGGACGCUGGGCAGGGAGGCAUUCUCUGCCUGGUUUGGUUGUGAGGAGGAGAAGCACUGUUAUCCAGUUGAAUUAUUUGAGCAAAAUCUACUGUAAAUAACUUGUUUUUGUCUUUGGUCAAAUAAAGUUGGUUUUGGUUUUGGU